GCGCAGUAGGAACCCAGAGUCCUUUAAAUUGUUGACUACUGUACGUGCAAAGAUGGCAGCUCAGGUCGACUUGCUCCGUGCCAAAGUAGAAGACAAAAUGGUAAGGGAUCGUCUGGAGCGAUUCAUGAAAGAGAAGAAGAAGAAAAAGAAAAGGGACUUGUCACCGUUGGCCGACAAACGGGAGAGGUCUGAAAAAGAAGCGAAAAACGUGAAGCUCCAUCACCACCAUCAUAAUCACAAACAUGCCGAGCACCGGAUCCAUCAGCCGCAUCAGCUGCAGCAAAAUCCCAAGCCCCACAACUUCAGCACGGACAAGCUCGUCCUGCACAGCCACCAUCACAAUCACAGCCUCACCAACGGCACGAAGAAGCCGAUUUUUCCUCCGCCUCAGCCGCGAAAGGUGCCGGAGCAGCUACAGAAGAAGCAAACGGUGCCUUCACAGCCACCUGCGCUCUUCACUUUCACGCCUCUCAAAGUGGUCAAGGCCAAGCCCCAGGAAUUCAAAGAAAAGCCCAGGGAUAAGGACCUGAAACUAAAGCUGAAGAAGGAAAAUGAAGAAGCAAAUGUGAAACACGCCGAACUGAAGAAAAAGAAGGCUGCUCACUUACUUGUAGAGCCAAGGCCUCACAAUGAGAAUGGCAAGUCUUUAACACUAGAAGAAUAUCUCCUUAAGAAAAAAAAGAAGAAGAAUCAUGAGGAUGAGCAAGGUGUCAAGAAGGUUCGACACAUGCACAACAAAGCCGUUCAGACUGUAUGCUCAGGGGUUGGAAAAGAUCCUUCUCUGCCUGGCAGCAUUAAGCAUGAAAGCAAUCACCAUCCCGGCAGAGAUGCUGUCGACUACCCGGCCCACCUCCAUGCUCUCAAACAGGUUCACGCCCCCUUCUUUUCCCACCAGGACCACUACAUCCGCAGCUCCUGUCUCCAGACAGGAACACGAUAUGGACGCUUCAUACACGAGGAAAGGCAACCCAAUGGUGGGGGGUCUAUCUUGCACGCCUAUGCUGACGAGUUGGCCUGUCUUAGUCCGGCUGAGAUGGAGUGCUUUGCCCAGGAAUUUCUGAAGCUGGCUUUUGCCGAAAAGCCUAAAGGUGCAGCCUCAUAUGCCUUGUCAGUAGUACACAAUGCAGCUGCAUACCUACCGGACUUCUUGGACUACUUUGCCUUCAACUUCCCCAACACGCCGGUCAAAAUGGAGAUAAUGGGCAAGAAAGACAUUGAGACUACCACUAUUGCCAACUUUCAGUCUCAGGUGAAUCGGACUUACUGUUCAGGGACUUAUCGAGCAGGACCCAUGAGGCAGAUCAGCUUGGUUGGAGCCGUUGACGAGGAAGUUGGAGAUUACUUCCCAGAUUUCCUGGACAUGCUGGAAGAGUCACCAUUUCUCAAGAUGACCCUCCCAUGGGGAACCCUCUCUAGUCUAAAACUGGACUGUCGCUCUCAGAGUGAUGAUGGGCCGAUCAUGUGGGUCCGACCAGGUGAACAGAUGGUGCCCACUGCUGACAUGCCUAAGUCUCCUUUCAAACGGCGCAGGUCCAUGAAUGAGGUAAAAAAUCUGCACUACCUACCGAGAACCAGUGAACCCAGGGAGGUUCUCUUUGAAGACCGGACUAAGGCCCAUGCUGAUCAUAUUGGGCAGAGUUUUGACUGGCAGAGCACUGCUGCUGUCGGUGUACUGAAAGCAGUGCAUUUCGGAGAAGGGAAUAACCGACCACGUAUAACCAAAGAUGUAGUGUGUUUUGAUGCUGGGGACUUCAAUGAAGUUGUCCAGAGGCUGCAGCUGGAUCUGUACGAACCUCCAGUAGCUCAGUGUGUUCAAUGGGUGGAUGAUGCAAAGCUCAACCAGCUGAGGAGGGAAGGCAUUCGCUAUAUCCGCGCCCAGCUGUGUGACGAUGACAUUUACUUUAUCCCAAGGAACGUCAUCCACCAAUUCAAGACCGUGUCUGCAGUCUGCAGCCUCGCCUGGCACAUCCGCCUCAAAGAGUACCAUUCAGAAGACGUAACCGCAAAGGAGGAGCAGCAACCCAACGAUCUCAGCCCCACCUCUGGUCGAGUGUCGUUUUCCUCCCCUGCGAGGCCUGAUGCCUCCAUAACCCCCUGUGCAAGACCACAGGGAGACAACAUCCAGGGUGGGGUGGCUAAAACCGAAGAACCUGAGUUCCAGAGGCCAGCAACACCUUCCCAGGAAACCCAGCCAGCCCCUCCACAGCCUGCUAAAUCUGCUCACCUCCCAACAACAUACAAGGAUCCCCACCAUUUCUUAGCACCAGUCCGCCCUGGAUGUACACCUUCAAAAGAGCCCAGCCUUCCGAAAGCUCAUGGCCACACUGCAGACUUCCCUGAAUGACCUUAUGCCCCCAUCUACCCCCACAACCUAUAUUUCCCCUGUAAAGGAAUUUUGGACUUGGACUGACAUUUUUGUCAAUCAGGAAGCUUUUCGACUUAACUUAUUGUUCAUGCUUUUGUUUUUAAUCUUCAAAUGUUGUUUAUGAUGUAGUCACAUGUUUUCCCGUAAGUCCAAUUACAUAAUUUAAUGGGAUUGUAUAAUACAAUUUCUUAUUUUAUAUUGCUCUCAUAUUCACUGUAACGCUUCACUGUUUUAUUCAGAAGCUGUGUAUGAUGUAUAGAAACUAUUAUUUUUUAGACUGACAUUUGUCACAUGCACAUGUUUUAAUAUAUGUUGAAUGUUUAGCUGGUUUAGCUUCCAUAUCAUGGAAGAAUUGAAGUCGCAAAAUGCUUGUGGAUCGAUUUAGAAGCUUAAAAAAUGUAAGUAUAGAAGCAUGAUACUGAUCUUUUUUUUUUAUUUUUUAUUUUUUUAUUAGUUUCAGUGACCGAUGCAAAGUGAACUAAUGUUACCUUAAGAAUACUGUGGCUUCUCAUUGAUAGACUGAGUUGUCAAAGUGCUGCCAGGCCUUUCUUAUUUGAUUUAAAAGCUUGGGAAGAAUUUGACUUUUUACAUUCAUCAUGCCUAUGGAAAUAAUAAUUAGCUAUUACUUUUAUUAUUUUCAAAUGCCGUCUUUUAAACUUGAGUAUAAUUUCCUUUAAACGAGGCAACAUACAAUAUAUUACAAGCACUUAAAUCUUACUCGUCUGCUUCAUAAGUUGAAGUUAAGGCAGUUCUUUAUUUAAAAAACAUUUUAUACAGGGCCUUUUUCUUACUGUUAAUACAGUUUUUUGAUAUUUAUUUAUUUUCUUAAUAUCGAGCUUAACAUAUAAACACAGGUUUAUAACCAGUGAUGAGUAUUUAAGAUUAUGACCUAAUUGUAAAAGCACUUCUAAGUGACUAAGGAAUCACAUCUAUUGCGCUUAGCAAUAACAAUUUGACUCUUUUCUUCAUGUGUGGAGUUUGUAUUCAGAAUUUGGAAUGUAAAUAUUAUAUUGUUAUUGCUGGGAAUAUGUUGCAGCUGUCUUUCAGUCUCAGUUUAAUUAAAAUUCCAUUCACACUCUUA